AUUUGACUUUGAAACGUCAAAUGCAAAGUUCGACAAAGAUGAUCUUGUCAAAAAAGUUGUUAAGAUUAUUUAUAACGGGGAUUUUAAGAAUGAAAAUUAUGCAGUUGGCGUUGAACUUGGUCCAGAUGAUAAUGUCUUAAUACUAUAUCCAUUCUUCAAGUCCCAUUAUGAUAAGGCCAAAUCUACCUUCG